GUUAGUAGUAAUCAACACUUCAGACGUGCAGCAUGAAAUCUCUGUCUGUUACAGUAGUGGCACUGAGCGUUCUUUGUGUUGCCAUUACCAAACCUGUUUCUCAAGACCGCAUACGAUAUGUCUCGGACGUGACGGCUACACAUUUUGGGAAUUCGCAAGAUUUUAAAGACAUAAAUAUACCAUCUAAACAAGAUACCACAAACAACCAUCCCCACUUUUUUAAUUUGACUAACGAUGGUUCUGGAAAUUAUUAUUUUCAGUUUGACACGUUUGGUUUACAACGCUAUGAAAUUGGCGAAGUGAAAAAUGCGGGAACGGAAAAUGAAAUUCAGGUUGUUAGAGGCCAGUACAUUGACCGGUACGUCAACGAAGACGGUGUACAUGUUAUUAGGAACAUAGGUUAUGUGGCGGAUGAAAACGGCUAUCGGCCCUUUGUUAUAUCGAUAAAUUUUGUUUUAUCACAGCCUGCAGGAGGACCUGGUGCCCCUGGAGGUCAGAAGACAGAAAUAUCGUCGGCUGCGCUAGGCAGCUUAGUUGGUGGUGGUCUAGGGUAGAUUUAAGCACUAAAGAAAUUGUUACAGUUUUUGCUUUUAAUGGUUAAUUGUCUACCUUGUCUCAUUCAUUACUUUUAUUUCAAAUGUUCUGUGUAAGCAAUUCUAAAACAUAAUAAACGAAAAAUACAGAUUUCAUCAUUA